AUGUCAGAGCCAAAUUUGUCCGCAAAUACUGCAAAUCCGCUCAAUGACCAUGCAGAUGGGGAAGAGGCGCCGCAAACCACGAUAUUUUCGAAUCAGCCGCCCAUUUUCAUACUCCCCACUCAUCUACCGAUAGAUCGCCUUGACAGCAUCGAGAACACAGUAGUCUUGAACGGAGGAACAUUGACUUAUGAUAUCGCCGAGGCUGGCAUCGUUCUGGGAAAAGUAGCCCAGAAAAAACGAGGUGCACUUGAGCUGCGUUCCCGAGGGCUGUGGACCGAAGAGCUUCCAGAUCUGACAAAGCGCUCCACUCUCAUGAAUGAUGACAACGAGCCUCCAUCGAAAAGAAGAAAGACGUCACCGGGUCAUCCAGGACCGCCUGCAGGAGUUGAGGUCGUUGAUCUCGGCACAGAGUCCGAAUCCGAAGAGGAUGGAGUGCGAAGUCGCCAUGAUCCAGCCAGACAUCUGGCACUAGCCACCGAAGUACCUGAACCAAAAGACAGCGUCACGCUACUCUCACUAGACUGGCUUCAUCAAUCCGUUGCAGCUGGGAGAGUCCUUCCGCGAAACUCAUUUGUGGUAUUCAGGGGACGCAAGAUUGUGAGACCAGCUGCUGGCCCAAAUCUUGCUCCGCCAGCAGUAACAUUGCCCUUGCAACAGAACAGAAGCGGAAUCUUGCAACGUGCAAAGGAAGAUGCUUUCUCGCAGCCUUCUGCAGCCUCAUCUCAGCAUUCUAAUCUUCGACGCUCCAAAGAGCCUCCUGGCGGACAAGAUAGCCAGCGUCAGGUCCCAACACUAUAUCGGCAAACUACAUCAGAACAUGACGAGGUGGCUAAUUUGCCUCCACAGCCGGAUUGGGUGCGCGAUCGAGUUGCUUAUGCAUGCAUGCGCUCGGCACCCUUGCACCCGCCAAAUGAGGACUUCAUCGCUCAGCUCGUGAAGAUUCGUCGCAUCAGGGAACUAACUCUAGAUGAAAUUGGUGUACGUGCGUAUAGUACUUCCAUCGCAGCGAUUGCAGCAUAUCCGUACGUCAUCAAGCGGCCAAGUGAGAUUCUCGCAUUGCCGGGAUGCGAAGUCAAAAUUGCAAAUCUCUUUGCAGAGUAUCAGCAGCGCGGAACUUGCAAUCACACGGAUGAAGAUGGAAAUAUUAGUGCAGCCGACGCCUUGGAGACUGAUCCUGUUCUUCAAGUCCUGAAUCAAUUCAAUUUGAUAUGGGGAGUUGGCGUCAAGACUGCGAGAGACUUCUACUACCAUCGCGGAUGGAGGGAUCUGGACGAUAUUGUCGAGCAUGGGUGGAAUUCUUUGUCUCGUGUACAGCAAAUCGGGGUGAAGUUCUUCGAUGAAUUCUUACAGGGAGUGUCUCGUCGUGACUCAGAGAUCAUUGCCGAGACCGUGCGUGACCAUGCCAACAGGGUGCGACCCGAAGCAAAAGGCAACAUUGAAUGUGUCCUAGUUGGAGGCUAUCGACGAGGAAAAGAAAUGAGCGGCGACGUGGAUGUCAUCGUUACGCAUCGCGAUCCGACUAUCACCGAGAGCCUCAUUGUUGACCUCGUGGCUAGCCUUGAGACCGAGAAAUAUGUUACACAUACAUUGUCCCUUCACUUGACUGCGACGCACCGCGACCAACAAACCCUCACGUACCGAGGAGACGAGCCUGGCAGACACUUUGACACUCUUGAUAAGGCGUUAGUCGUCUGGCAAGAUCCCGAGUUCGACAAGUCUCUCAAGAAAAAUCCAAAUAGACAUCGUCGCGUGGACAUAAUCAUAUCGCCUUGGCAGACCGUCGGUUGCGCCAUUCUGGGUUGGUCAGGCGAUACCACCUUUGAACGAGAUCUGAGAAGAUACGUGAAGAAGGCGCAUGGAUGGAAGUUUGACUCUAGCGGCGUGCGUCAGCGCACCGCAGGAGGCCGAGUGAUGGAUCUGGAGGAAGGAGGAGAAACAUGGCAAGAGCGAGAGCGAUUGCUCAUGGAACGACUCGGCAUAGGAUGGAGGCCUCCUCAUGAAAGAUGUACUCGCUGA